AUGAGCCUGUAUUACUGUGCGAUUUCCAACGAAAAGAGCAUUCUUUGCCACCAUUCAAUAGCUAAUAGGAACUAUGAAAAUGUGGUCCGUGAUUACUUAGGAAGAAAUCCUCCUGAACAAGAUAUAUGUUUUAGCCAAGGCGACGUAUCAUUCCAUUGCAUUACUGUCUCAGGGCUUUCGUUUAUCGCUGCAACUGAUCAAGUCGCCUCACGACAACAAUCACGAAACUUGGUUGUUGAGAUUUCGCAAGAUUUCUGCAGUGAUGGCACGAGACUCCAGAAGGCUAAAAGUGGUCCUGAAGGAUGCUUACAAUACUCUUAUGGCCCGACCCUGCAACAACACAUGGUGAUAUUUCUAGAAAUCGGUAACAGAAAAUGUUUCACAUCUGAAGGUUCAGUACAAAAUAAUUGAGAUUCUGCGUGUUUUGCCCGGUUCUUGUAAGAUAUUCAACUCCAUGGUAGUGCAACCAAAUUGUCUAUGCACUCCUUUGGUAAGAUUUUCAAAUAAACAAUUUGACGCAUAAAAGUGUUACUUUAUAAAUUCGUGUAUUUUAGAUUUAACAUAUGCCGUCAUUUUUAGACAGUUAAAAUGUGUUAAUUUCAUUG